AUGCUCACAGGCUCUGGUGCAGCGUCCGGUAACCGAGAAACGCCGAAGUUUCGGACAGCUUGCGAGAACUGCAGGCAGUCAAAGGUGAAAUGCAAUUUGUCCGGGAAGGACACUUGCCUUCGCUGCCUCCGCCAUGGGCUGCCCUGCCGCUACCGGGUUGCGAAUAGAUCCGGCAAACCCAAGGGAAGCAAGAAUAGGUCAACGCUACGGAAGCUGGGUCAACUGCAAGAGAACAAGGCUGUUUCUAUCCCGAACGAUCAUCUUGUAAGGAGAAGCAUCGAAGCCAUACCCAGCCCGAGGUUCGCACGCAGCGAAGCUGAAACGAUCCUACAACCCGAACCAAGGCUUCCGGACAGCCCAAUAGGCGAGGUGCCUAAUGCGUCCAUGUUUUUAGCCGACUGCGCAGAAUAUCCUUCGCUGUACGGAGAUUCGAUGGCGGACAGCCCUUGUGCGGAGGCUUCGAUGUCGCCGACUUUCUUGCAAAAGGAGUUCAUUACGAAAGGAUUGACCAGCUUUCCCCUUGCAGUGCACAUCCCCAGCGCGCUUCGGCCAACAUGUGACUGUUCGGAGACGCUGGUUUUCUAUCACGACCACCUACGGCAGAUGGUAAUUAAUCCAGGGCAGCUUCGGUUCGAUCAGACGCUCCAGGGAGUGCAGGCAGCGCUCGCGAUAUGUCGCGGAUUCUUACAGUGCCCAAGUGGGCACAAGGAAGGCCACAACAACACUGAUGGUACGAGUUUGAUUCUCUGCAUGUCUACCAUAGAGUUAGUCCUACAAAUAUUGGACUACUGGACUUCAUACGAGCUCCUUCCACAGCCCAGGGAGGCAAUUCCCUGUGAGACGGUAGGGUAUGGAGAGUACGAGAUGGGACCGGACGAGACUCGCCGAGUUCGCCGCUUUCUUAUCCGAGGACGGCUCCUGCUCUGCAAGGAGACACUCGGCCUCCUUAAGAGUGUGACAAGCGGCGAGAACACAGAGGGAAUAGGAGGAGGCUGGCUACAACAGAUCAUUGGAGGCACUGAGGCUAUGACUGACACUUUUCUCCAUGCCAUGUCUGAGGCAGAAUGUAUCUGCAACUUUUAG